UCUGACAUUUUUCUUGCCACAACAUCAUCGCGGUCUGGUUCUCGCCUCGCGCACCGUGUGGAUUCCUCAAUUUUAUGCCGAAAAGGCUCUACACACAAUAGUAUCUCGGUCGGUCGUUAUCUUCCUUGGUUGAAAGGGUAUAAAUCUCGGAGAAGAGCCCAUCGAUAGGGAUUAGUACUGACGAAAAUUCAACAAUGGAGAACCUAACCAUAAACGAAAUUUACACCUCGGAAAAGCGAGGCAAUGACGAAUCGGGUAAAGGAACGGCGGAGGAACCCUUCAAAACAAUUCUCCAGGCGAUGCGACAUGCCGGUAAGGAACCUUUCCCAACCAUUUACGUAGACGCCAAAGACGAGAAGGCCGAUUCUCCGUACGAAGUUGCGGCCAAGUCGCAGUUGAAGAAGAUCCAAAAGCUGUGGGUUCGUGACAACCACAAGAACACCGAGAAGCAGAAGCGCGAAGAGGAGGAUGCCAAGAAGCGGGAGCAAAAUCUUGAGGAUGCCAAAAAGAUUGUCAUCAAGGAGGAUCCCUCGUGGGCGGCGGCUAAGGGCAUUAAGAUUUUCAAGGGUAGUGAAAACCGAGGUAUUCGGGUGAAGAUUUACGGUUGGGUGCAUCGUUUGAGACGGCAGGGCAAAGGAUUGAUGUUCAUCACGCUGAGAGAUGGAACUGGAUUCUUGCAGUGUGUGCUGACGGAUGCCUUGUGUCAAACGUACAAUGCGUUGGUUCUUUCGACGGAAUCGUCGGUUCAGCUGUUCGGAACGCUGAAGGAAGUGCCAGAGGGUAAGACAGCUCCCGGGGGUCACGAGUUGCACGUCGACUAUUGGACGUUGAUUGGGCUAGCUCCACCUGGCGGUGCUGACACGAUUCUGAACGAAGAAGCUCACCCGGAUGUGCAGCUAGAUCAGCGGCACAUUAUGGUGCGAGGCGAGAACACCUCUAAGGUGAUGAAGAUGAGGGACGUUUUGAUGCAAGCGUUCCGCGAUCAUUAUCAUGACCGUGGCUACACCGAGGUCACUCCACCAACGUUGGUGCAAACGCAAGUUGAAGGUGGAUCCACUCUGUUCAAGUUGGACUAUUUUGGAGAGGAAGCCUAUCUCACUCAAAGUUCUCAAUUGUACUUGGAAACGGUGCUGCCAGCUCUCGGGGAUGUAUACUGCAUUGCCCAAAGCUACCGGGCUGAGCAAAGUCGCACCCGGCGGCAUCUGGCCGAGUAUAGCCACGUGGAAGCCGAAUGUCCGUUUAUAACGUUCGACGAGUUGCUGGAUCGGCUGGAAGAUUUGGUGGUGGACGUCGUUGAUCGGGUGCUCAAAUCACCAUGGGGUCAUCUGGUGAAGGAGCUUAACCCGGACUUUGUUCCCCCAAAAAGACCAUUCCGUCGUAUGCCGUAUGCCGAUGCGAUUACCUGGUUGAAGGAGAACAACGUUACGAAAGAUGAUGGCACUUUUUAUGAGUUCGGCGAGGAUAUUCCUGAAGCGCCGGAGCGGAAAAUGACCGAUACAAUCAACGAACCCAUUAUGCUGUGUCGCUUCCCGGCUGAAAUCAAAUCGUUUUACAUGGCCCGAUGUGCUGACGAUAAGAGGUUGACCGAAAGUGUUGAUGUACUACUCCCUAACGUCGGUGAAAUUGUGGGAGGCUCGAUGAGGUCCUGGGAUCAUCAGGAGCUGAUGGAAGGUUAUAAACGCGAAGGAAUCGACCCGAAGCCGUACUACUGGUACAUCGAUCAACGUGUCUACGGUUCUCAACCUCACGGAGGAUACGGCUUAGGUUUGGAACGGUUCAUGUGCUGGCUCUUGAACCGGUACCAUAUUCGCGAAGUUUGUUUAUACCCAAGAUUCUUGGGAAGAUGCAAACCUUAAGCAACGAGAAAAACUGCUUCCACUAUUCCCUGGUUCAUGCAUUUUACUAAGUAAUUGAGGCAUUUUUCACUAUUUCUAUCACAGCUUGUAAUGUUUAAAAAGUUAAAGCCCAAUUAAACACUCGAUAAGCUUAAGCAUCAA